UGCUGCUCCAUUAGUUCAGAGGAGAGGGCAGGAAGGCAGAGAUGGCUGCAACUACCGCUCAGCCUAUGGGGAGCCUGCCCAGCGGACUGGGGAUCUGCACCACGGCCCCGGAUAUAUUUUACCUUCCUGAACUGGUGUUUGGUGGUUUGGUCUGGAUCCUGGUAGCAUCAACCCACGUUAUGCCUCCAAACCCUCUGGGCUGGGUGAUGUUUGUCUCUGUCUUCUGCUUCGUCAUUACCUUCCUCUGGAUGAUCAUCUUCGCUGCUGGCGGUCAUAAGAACAACCCCGGCUGGGCUGCUGCUGACUUCUUUUAUCACUUCAUCGCAGCAGUCUUCUACCUCAGUGCAGGGGUGGAUCUAGCUUACAUCACCAUGUUGAUGAAGAUAGGCACACUAAGAAUUUACCAGAUUGACAUCGCAGCUGUGGUAUUCGCCUUCUUGGCCACACUUCUCUACUUCAUCCACGCCAUCCUCUCCGCCUUCCGAUGGAAAAGCUUCUGA